ACAGAGGGUGUGGUGUGUGACCAGUCCUGGCAAUGGAUGUGUGGGCAGUGCCGCUGCUCCAUGUCGGUCCUCUGAGCUGCAAUAGUAUUUUUGUACAGUGCUACAGUCGCACACGUCCCGAGUCCUCUGCAUAUACAACCUCUGCUGCGAUUUACUAGCGACUUGCCUCAGCAAUGUCUGUAAACUCCGGCUCCGUGUCUUCCGAGAUACUGGCCGCCGUCACCACGGCCAACUGCGAGAUCGCUGUUCUGCCGCUAGCGCUGCUGCUGGAGUUGCAACCGCAGUACCUCAGCCUGGAGAGCGGCACCAUGACCUGCGCUAGCCACAGAGGCGGCUACAACCUGUUCAGCGACGGCAGCGCUCAGAUAGACGGGCGUCGGUGCAGGAUCGGAAACUACCUGCAAAGGAAAGUCACCCUCCAGAGUCACGCGGACUAUAAGGAUUACAGAGAAACACUGUUUGCAAAACCCAUGUUAUUUAUAACAAAUGCAAAAAAAGUCAACUGCCCCUUUACCUCAGCUAAAACAUUUGCCUUAAUUGUGAAUACCCGACAUCCAAAGGUGAAAAGCAGGGUGGAGGAUGGGAUGAAUAAUGCAAUAUCCUCAGUUUGGGGCGAAAACUACAGUUUACAAAUUAGUUUCCAGAAUACCUUUAGAAAUUACCUUCUGAGGCAAAAUUUUGAAGUGACAGAAGAGAACUUGAGUUUUUCUUACACGUUCAAACUCGAUGUGCUUCUGGAUAUUUCCUACUUACUGGGUCUCAGCAAAAAGAAAAGCGAAAUGAAUGGGGCGAUUUUGAAUUUGUCCUGUUCAAAGAAAGAGAAAAAGGAAAAAGUUAAAAUGUUCCUGUCAAAAAUGACUGACCCCCUUAUCCGGCGCGGCAGUAGCUUUAACAGAGACCGAAGGAGGAGUUCCUUCGCCCUAGAUAUGAUCCUGGAAGAUCCGUUUCCACCAGAAGAAAAUACAAACGAUGCUACAGCACCAGUCUGGCCUCCAGAGUCAUGAAGUAAAACUAAGAACUGUCACAACAUAAGUUGUUCAAUAUUUGGACCUGAAUAAAAGUAAAUGUCCCCAAAAAACGUAAAGUUGCUCCUAAACAAAAUGUACUUGGAAUGUGCAUCAUGGACACCGCUAGAGAUGUUGGGGUAUAAACCCAUUUUCCAUUUAACUGCAAAAUUAAAAUGUACACUGAUAUUUUCCUGUCGAAGCUUCAUAAAUGACCCUGGAGAAUACCACUGGAUAUGACUUAAGAAACUAUAUUUUAUCCAUUGUUUUAAUAUACUGGAUUUCACUUACGGCAUUUUUCUGAGGUUAAGCUAAAAUGCCCCUAUACCAUCAGAUAUAGGAAGAAAAGUCCCUUCUGAAUCUUGUCCGGUGUUAUGUAAGAAAGGCCCGGCAAGAUAGAACAUUUAUUCUUUAUCUCCUGUCACUAUUAUUUUGGGCCACUUUAUCAAUUUCUUAAACCUCAAUUGCAUGGUUCUGUGGUUGGCAGUCAUUGGGUCUGAGGCGUGUGCAAGUUUGCAGGCAGCCGCAUCUAGCCACUUUUAGCACACUGCACAGACAUCACAGGCUACAAAGCAUCUUUCUGUACUUACAGCAAUUCUGACCCAUAAGAAUUCCCUCCGAGAACCAAGUGGGCGUUACUGGGUAUGGACUGCGCAGUGACAAGGCUUUUACUCAUAAGAGAAACAUUCUGUGGUUGUUGUGGCUGUGUAGCCAGGGUUCUUGCAGACGUAGAACUGGGGCGGUGCAUUCAUUUACAAGGCGAAACCAUCAACCCAAAAUCCGACCCAUAGUUUUAUUUGGAGCAGGAACUGUUAUUGGUGAAAACUGUUUUGUUCUGUAUAAAUGUAAACAUCACGACUAGCAAGUAUUUCUGCUGUCAACCUGCACAUUGAUUAGUACUGUAUGUGCAAUGAAAUCAUGUAUGUAAACUGACAAUACAAACACCAAUAGAGCGCUUAUAGGGGCAAAUUCAGUAAGGAUCGCAAGUCACAAUUCGUACAGAAUUUUUGUGGGGGUGGCGUGGGCGCAUGCGCAGCGGGCCCUACUGCGCAUGCGUCUGCAUUUUCUGCGGGGGCCGCAGAAAAUGCGAUCGCCUCUGCCUGUCAAUCAGGCAGAGGCGGGCGGCAACGCUCUGUUUUCAGGGAGGAAAAUGAGCGUUGCGGGGCAACCCUAAUGGUGGGUUGUGCGGUGCGAACGGGGGAGUGUCAGGGGCGUGGUCGUGGAGGCUGCAUGAUGUCACACGCAGCCGUCGCGACAGGGAAAAUGGCACCGGGACUCCUGCGGCCGCAGCUAAGCUGCUCAGGCAGGAGUCAACCUUAGUUUCUGCUAACAAGCAGAAAUUUGCGUGGUGAACACAAUUUCUGCUUGUAGCAGGAGGGGGGAGGCGCCGGUCAAGCAUGCUGGGCGGCCCCCAGCAUGGGUGCAAAAGGAUAGCAGAAUUUGCUAUCCUUACUGAAUUAGCCCCAUAGUGUAGUCGUUUCAGUAGGCUGUUAAAAACAUAUAAUGGUAUAAAAUAUGCUUUAACUUUCUUGCAAAUAAAAUUAUCUGAUCAUAA